AUGCAAAAGCAAAAUAUUGCACCAAUAUUUGGAAAGGAUAAAAAUUCAUUGGAUUUGGUGGGAUCAAAAAUAAAAAUUGAAGCAACUCAUCAGGCUUAUCAAAAUUCAAGAUUAAAUCCAACUAAACAGCGUGCAGUUUCACUGUUUACUGCAAAUCCCAUAAGCGGUCCACCUCCAGCAUUUCAACCAACAUACUCAAGUAGACGGUGCAAUAAUCGCGAUAUCGAUUCUAAUCGUACGUGUGAGUCACUUGUUUUGCCAAAUGGUACUAUUCAAAUUAAACUUAGAGAUGGAAUAAAAGUGAAUAUGACACUAGAUAAAGCAGUACGUAUUAUAAAUCAACGGUCUCAUGUUGCAAUAGCGUUAUCUAACAAUGGAAGUUCCUCAGCUUUAAUACAUCCUAAUGGAAGAGUCUACCAAUAUGGUUCUAGAGUUGAAAUUAUAGCUCACGACGGAAUGAGAACAAAUAACUACAUAAGAUACGCCAAAAUGUGGUAUAAAGGUGUAAGCUUUACAAGUGAAAAAUGUGCUUUAAUUUAUUUAGUAGAUGCAGCUGGAACACGUACUACUAGUGAUACAUUUAUGGAUAUGUCUAAAGAUUAUACAAUGGCUGUUUUUUUCAAUGAGUCAAGACAUGGUUCGUCGUAUAUCCUAGAGGCAACAAAUACAUUACGAGAUUCAAAAUCCCAAAUUACCGAAGAUGGUACUGAAAUACAUGAAAUAAAUGGUUUUCGCAUUUCUCAAACGCCAGAUGGCUUAGUGAAAAUAACUCGUAAUCAUAACAAAUGCUUAAUCAGGACAAGUCCUGGAAAUGGAUCCGCUACACUAACAACUCCAAUUAUUCAUUGUACAGCUUCUUUGGGCAAAACGUCUCAUCUUUUUGUUAGACGAGGGGAACGACGAAUGCAUUUUGAUGGAUCUUCGUUUGUCGUUCGAAAUUCUGGUCAUUCGGCUGGUUUUGAUGAAAAUAAUUUACUUAACGUAUAUUAA